AUGCUCUGCUCUCCUCUGCUCCAUCUCUCUCCUCUGCUAAUUCGCCAAUUCCCACGCCAAACCUUAGUUUCCAAACUCCCAUCCCAAUCCCCAUUCGAAUUCCUUCAUUUUUCACAACACCUAUCUCGUCAGCACAAUUCAAACCAAAGGAAUUCUGGGUCGCGCAGAAUUGUUCUUGGUCAGUUUAGUUCGCAUUCAUCGCUCUCAUAUUCAGCUGAUGACGAUUUUGAUGUUGAAUUGGGACGUCUGUUGGCUUUAUUACCGGAAGAGAUGCGGCAGAUAGUUAGCGAGCACGAAGAGCUCCACCAGUUGAUUGAAGUGGUUAUGGAUUUGGGUCGAAAGCCAUUGGCUCGGUUUCCGUCAGGGGAUUUUGUUUUAGCAGAUCGUCUGAUUACUACAGAGGAUAUCAAUCAUGCCACUUCUCAGGUUGGUGAUUUUGCUAUAGAUAAUCGAGCCGGAAUUAGCAGAACUUUACACCGAAUUAGUGCCAUCAGAAAUCGAAAAGGUGUGAUUAUUGGUUUAACUUGUCGUGUUGGUCGAGCAGUAUCAGGAAGUGCCAUCUUGUUGCGAGAUUUGGUUAAAGAUGGGGCUUCUUUGUUGCUUAUUGGGCCUCCAGGAGUAGGAAAAACUACAAUCAUCAGGUUACUUGUUCUCUAUGCUCAUAGAGAAGGCACUUUAGUUGUUAUUCAUCAUGGUAAUCUGUAG